CUCUUGCUUACCUGCGCCAUAUUGUCCACGUUCUUUGCCUCACUCGCUCCGUCCGGUCAUUUGCUACUCCGCACAUCUCGAACAAGGUUAAUUGACGACAAGGAAUCCAUAGCUCCGCUCAACUCCACUUGUUCACGAUCCGUGUGGAGCUUCACGUUUCUUGCCCGGUGUCGCUUGUGGGUUAAUUGCCCAAGCUCAACUGGGAUCUCGUCUCACCCGGGUCAGCCAAAUAGAACUUUACGCCCUAAGCUUUCGUCUUCCCGCCGCAUCUUCUCAACCUCUGUUCAUCAAUUUCUUCGCUCUCCCCCUUUUUGUUUUUGUUUUUAGCAGGCCUUGCGCCAAUGCUACCCACGUUCUUUUAGACUUGAAAACACCAAACUGUCGUUCUCUUCGGAAUCUUUACCAUUUAAAUUUAUUCACUCGCUUCGCUACCAUCUUCGCCAUGUUUUUCGCUAGAGGCUCGUCAAUUCUGACAAUCAUUUUACUCUGCCUCUACAUCAACCUUUCAGUUGCAGAUCGAAGAUUGGAUCGAAGGGGUGUACAUUAUCGAAGGCAGGAUGGACCUACACCUCCAUCUAUCACAGAAGCCCAACCUCCGGCACCAAAUUCUCUAACGCCAUCGGCCUCUGGCACACCCACAGACACAGACGCGCGCAGCUCAGAGAAGAGUUCUAGCCAAAGUGUAAGGGCAACUACAACGAGCGCGGCGCCAACCAAUUCUUCCCCGAACACACUACUAACAUCUUCUACGGCAACCUCUGGAACUGCUGUAGCCGAUCCAACUUCUUCCGUUAAUGAUACCAUCUAUAAUUGUGCGUUUUGAUUCACUUGAUCUAUUUGAGCAAAAACUAACCAAUGGUAGCAACACUUACACCAAACAAACUCCCCAUUGCGCCCAGGAUAACCCCGGGCUUUGGUGUGGCUGGUGUCAUUUUGAUAGCUACUGGUGCUGUUUUAACCGUCGUUGGGAUAAAGAACAAACGUCUUCACAUAUUUCUCUCUGCUGCCUACCUUUCAAGUCUAUCCAUCGUGGUCCUCAUCCUAUAUGUCAUGAAUUUACCAGUUAGCGACGCUAUUCAGGGCGCCUACGUUGUUGCCGCUACAAUAACCGGGCUCAUUGUUGGGGGGGCCUCAAUCGUCUUCACCGAGAUGACUGAGGGCUUAGGUGCUCUUCUGGGUGGUUUUUGCUUGAGUAUGUGGCUACUUGUUUUAAAACCAGGUGGACUCUUGACUACGACGACCUCGAAGUCUAUAUUUAUCGGCUCAUUUACUGCCGCCGGGUUUUCGACCUCUUUCAGCCAAUAUACUCGACCUUAUGGACUGAUAGUAGGCAGUUCUUUCGCUGGCGCAACAGUUCUUGUUCUUGGGAUUGACUGUUUUAGCCAAGCAGGCUUGAAGGAAUUUUGGGCUUACAUCUGGGCUCUGAACGAAAAUUUAUUCCCUGUCGGUGCUACCUCGUAUCCAAUGACCAAAGGCAUCAAGGUAGAGAUUGCAGCCAUCGUAGUCCUCUGUAUUGUUGGAAUUUUGUCGCAGAUAAAACUCUGGAAGGUUAUUAGGGAGCGCCGUGAGCAGCGAGCUCUCCAACGACUCGCGGAUGAGCGCAGUGCGGAGCAGGAAGAGAAGGAUGUUGGAAACCGGAUCGAAAUUCUCAAUAAUCAAGAAAGAGAGCAGUGGGAGAAUGUGUAUGGUGAUAGGAAUCAAACGUCGACGGGCAAUUCCCAAAGAGAUUCAGGAGUAGGCGAUAUGGAAAGUCAUAGGAAAGGGCCCACCAGUAUGGUUACUUCGUCACGACGUUCCGGUGAGGAUGAGAUUGAACUGUCGGAUAUGCUAUCUCCUACGCAACAGACGCGAGAUUCAUUCGGCAUGACCAACAGAGGCCAAAAUGGUAAUCAGGUAAUGGUUCGUGUUGCGAGGGACCCGAGCCCUGAACCGGAAUUUGAUGCGAACGGAAUUCGAAUAGGAACUUUGGGGAGACGAAGAAGUCAUGGCUCGAUGAGGGAUGGGGAAUCUACUGAUGCUUUUGGCUCGGACAGUGAAGCUCGAACAGAGGGAAGGCCAUCUAGGAGAGAGUCUAGGCGCUCAUCGAAUAAUCCGCCAGUUUCAGUCAGAGUUUCCAGAGCACCAGACGUUGUUCCUCUUCCAUUCAAAGUGCCGGAAGGCGAGACUGAAGAUGACGGAUCCUCUGUAGCAACGUUUGCCGACGAAGAACAGGACGGUCGGCGUAAAAGUCGAUUUUCCAAGCACAUAUCGGCUGGGUCCGCCAUGAUUCGAAGACUCUCGGAUAGAUCGCUCAUGAGCCCUUCCCCGAGGAGCUCAAGGAGAUUUUCCGUUAACGAUAGUGAGAGUGUGGAAGAGCUAGUCAUACCACACGACGUAGACGACGACCGAGCAAGCUCGGUGGCUGCAACUAUUGAUGGGUUGAGCGACAGUGAUGAUGAGUUGAGGAGCAUCCGUUCUUCCAUCAAUCAAGCACCAGAUACUAGCGAGUCGGCUCAAGUACCCACUGAUGUCGCGGGAAUCGAGGAUGGAAACGUACCAGCCGAAGUUGCGGUUACUAGGGAUGGAAGCGCAUCAGCCGUUGAUGUAAACACUGUGGAUGGAAAUGCACCAGAUCAGAAGGCAACCAAUACAUUAGAAUCAGUGGAAACGUUGGAGGCAGAGGGCAGGGGGGUAGCCCAGAUGAAAUCCUUGACGGCCAGUACAGACCCAAAGAUGGAGCCAGGGGUAGACACCAAUGCUGUAUCCACCGAUAUCGAACAAAGCGGAGCGAUAACUCCAAAGGCUGCACAAUCGGUUGUUUCGACUGUUGAUUCCAGGUCAAAGCCACGAAGCCUUACUGCAGCUCAACUUCCGCCUCCACUCUCUAAAGUAAUGAUGUCGUAUCGAACCAAUGAAUGGGCGAAGCAUCUCAGCAGCGCUGAAACUCCAGAAGUUGAGGAUCUGAAAAUGGAUGAACCUGGUGUGGGAGAAGAGCCAAAACAGAAGGAAGUCUCGGUACCUGUGAAUGUUGAAGAAUUACAACAGACAGCUGAGAAUGCCACACCUCCUCCAAUGCCUCGCAAGGCAUCCAACACGCCAGGAAAAUCCAGUAGUUCCAAGCAUGUCGCGUCUUCAUAUGCAUCUCUUACAGAGGCUUCGCCUAAGACGUCUUUUCAGGAGGAGAAUCCUCGACGCAGCAUGAAUAGACAACGAACAUCGUCGAACCCAGUAAGCCCACAUGCGUUACCUACCGAAGGCUACUACUUUCCCACUUCACCGAAUGUUCCUUUUGGAAGCACAAAUACUCUUAUGGGCCAGCGUGAGUCAAUGGUCCGUAAUAAGAGCCUUUACACCUCACAGGUUUCGCUCCUUCCAAAGGUCCCGCUCCACGCACAUUCAAAGGCCCCACCACAAGCCCACGCGAACUUUAGAAACAUCUCAGCGCCAGUAGGGAGCGAUGCAGGAUCAGUCUACAAUGGACGUCAUAGUAUUAGUAACCCGGUUGUAGAGGAUGACGACAAUAUGUCUCUGGCCGCCCGACGGGACCUCAUCCGCCAAUCUUCACUCGGGCAGAUUUCACCCCCCGUUGUAACACUGCCGCGCUCGCCAAUUCCUUACGAUUCACAUCAGCCAAAGCGCCAAUCGAUGGUUCAAUCCCCAGGCGUACGAGAACAGCAAAUGGCUUCGUGGCGGGCCAGUGUUCAGCAGGAUCUUUCGAGCUCGUAUGUUCCGAGACAGAGCAUUGAGAGGCAGAGGAACGCGUUGUGGAAUGAAAGACAGGCUGAUGAGCAGCGAAAAGCGAUGGAGGCGAAGAUGAGAGGCGAGAGAGAUAGCGCGUUUGAUGAAAGGAUGAGAAGAGGUGAUAUGCUUGAGGCUCAUAGGGAUGCUUUAAGGAGGAUGCAAGCGAGUGCGAAUAAAAACGCUUGAGGGAAGCAAGCAGCGUAAUUAUGUUCUCACAACGACAUUUUCUUUCCUGUAAUGUUAGGUUAUUGGUUGGGAUUAUUGGGUGGUGGGUUUUGAUGAAACGAUUUUUGGGGUCCGUUUGGGACAAAGAGAAGAAAUCAGGAUUCCUGGGGUUGCUUGGUUGGGCUGGGAAGGUACCGGGUGGAUUUUUUUCUGUAUAUAUACCCGGAUUGUGAAAUGAGACAGAUGAAUUGAAGCCGCGAGGUUGUAAUUGAUGAAUACAAUUUCGUGUAGAUAUGUUGAAUGGUUUGAUAGAGUAGAAUUGUGGGGUUUCCUAAAGCUAUCCGUAGCACGAUUGAUUAUUUGGG